AUGGAGGUUGAAUAUCAUACUCGUUUAACAGCUGUUUUAGAUGUGACGCGUUUUCUAUUGAAGCAAGGUUUGCCUUUCCGUGGACAUGAUGAGUCCUUGAGCUCCUUGAACAAGGGUAAUUUCCUUGAGCUACUCGAGUGGUAUAGCCUGCGGAAUGAUAAGGUUUUUAGGGUGGUUAAUCAAAAUGCUCCAGCAAAUAAUCAAAUGACUUCGCCGAAAAUUCAGAAGGAGUUAGCAAAUGCUUGUGCAACAGAGAUUACAUGUGCUAUUGUUGAUGAUAUAGGAGAUAAGUAUUUUUCUCUUAUGAUUGAUGAAGCCCGGGAUGUGUCAGUGAAGGAGCAAAUGGGAGUUGUUUUGCGCUAUGUGAGUAAGAAUGGGUAUGUGAUAGAGAGGUUUCUUGCUAUGCUCCAAUUAGUGAUUGUUGCUGUUGCUAAAGACAAUCGAAUUGUGAGUGAUUUUUUUCAAUAUGUUACUAUGAUUGUUAACACGGCGGGGGCAUCUUGCAAAAGGAAAGACCAACUUCGGCAACAUCACCAUGACAAGUUAGUUGAGCAAUUGGAGAAGGUAGAGAUAGCCAGUGGUAGAGGACAAAAUCAAGAAUCCAGUUUAGCAAGACCGGGUGAUACUCGUUGGGGAUCGCAUUACACUACCAUUCUCCGGUUAAUCUCAAUGUGGACUUCAGUGUUAAAUGUCCUUCAAAAUGUGCAUGAUGAUGGUGCUUCUAAUGACAAUAGAGGCAUAGCGGCAACUGUAAAGGCUCAGCUUCAAGACUUAAGGGAGACAGGAUGGGAGGCAUUUUUGGAGCAAGUUAGAUCUUUUUGUGAAGGAAACUCUAUCCCGGUGCCUAAUAUGGAGGAUCAUAUGCGAAUCCGUGGUCGUUCUAGAUGGGAAGGGCAAGUCAUUACUCAUUUUCACCAUUACCGCGUUGAAAUUUUCUGUGAGGUCAUUGAUUUGAUUGCACAAGAAAUGCAAAACCGCUUCCCAGAAACUAGCACAGAGUUACUUCUUCUUCUGUCAUGCCUUGAUCCAAGGGACUCAUUCUCCAAAUUCAACAUCCAUAAGCUACUUCGUCUUGCAGAACUUUAUCCCGAAGAUUUCACAAUGACUGAACGCAUGAUGCUUGAGGAUCAACUUGCUACUUUUAUUUAUGAUGUGCUGCAUGAUCCAGAUUUUAUAAAUGUUGGGGACUUAGGAGGUUUUGCUAGGAAGAUGGUUGAGACAGGUAAACAUAUUAUUUUUCCACUAAUUUAUCGCCUUAUCGAGUUGGCAUUGGUUUUACCAGUUGUGACAGCUACUGUUGAGAGGGUGUUUUCGGCGAUGAAUAUUGUGAAAACUGACUUACGUAAUAAAAUGGGAGACGAGUGGAUGAAUGAUAGCUUGGUUGUCUAUAUUGAGCGGGAGGUUUUUGCAACUAUAGACAAUGAAGCAAUUCUACAACGUUUUCAGAAAAUGCAAACUCGGCGGAUGCAGUUACCUCCUCUUAGUCUGACCCACAUGCCUCACAUUUCUAGCACUAACGCUGGCAUCGGCUCUAGUUCAAGCAUGCAUAAAUAG